CCUGAGAUCCUCUCAGAGAGAGAGAGAGAGAGAGAGAGAGAGAGAGGCUUUCACCUCCGUAGAAGAAUCUUAGCUAUGCGAACGAGACGCGGCCUCUGCUACCCCUGUCCAUAUUCCGAAUCCGGGUCGAAGGAGGCGGAGGAGGGGGCUGGUAGUGUCGGGAUGAAGAGGAACAGGGGAGGAGAGGAGUCGGGCCGCCGGAAGAGGCCGCGCGCGGCGUCGGCGGAGGAGGAGGGUGCAGAAGCUGGGGGAAUGAUGGUGGAGGGCUUUUUCGACAACCUUCCUGAUGAUCUCGUGGUCUCUAUCCUCUGCAAGCUGGGCCACUCCGCCUCUUCCCCCUCUGAUCUCUUCGGCAUCCUCAUCACAUGCAAGAGGCUGCAAAAAUUGGGGAUGAAUCCCCUGGUGCUGUCGAGGGUCUCGGCGAAGGCGCUUGCCGUUAGGGCGAAGAACUGGUCGGAGUCGGUGCACAAAUUCUUGAAGCAGUGCGCCGAUGCCGGAAAUCUCGAAGCUUGUUACAUCCUCGGCAUGAUCCAGUUCUACUGCCUGGAGAACAGAGGGAGCGGGGCGUCGCUGAUGGCGCGGGCGGCGAUCGGGGCGCACACGGCGGCGCUGUACUCUUUGGCGGUCAUCCAGUUCAACGGCAGCGGGGGGUCGAAGAACAACAAGGACCUCCGCGCCGGCGUGGCCCUAUGCGCCCGCGCGGCGACGCUCGGCCACGUCGACGCCCUCCGCGAGCUCGGCCACUGCCUCCAGGACGGCUACGGCGUGCGCCAGAACGUGGCGGAGGGGCGGCGGUUCCUGGUCCAGGCCAACGCGCGGGAGCUCGCCGCCGUGCUUUCCUCCACCGCCGACGCGGCGUGGCAGGCCCACCGCCACCACCGGCUCUCGUCGGGGGGCGCCGCGUGCUCCCUGCUCAGCGAUUUCGGGUGCAACGUGCCGGCGCCGGAGGCCCACCCGGCGAACCGGUUCAUGGCGGAGUGGUUCGCUAUGAGGGGCGCCGCCGGCGGAGACGGGCUGAGGAUGUGCUCCCACGUCGGCUGCGGGCGGCCGGAGACGCGGCGCCACGAGUUCCGCCGGUGCUCGGUCUGCGGCGCCGUUAAUUACUGCUCUCGGGCGUGCCAGGCCCUCCACUGGAAGCUGGCCCACAAGGCCGAGUGCGCCCCCAUGGACCGGUGGCUUGACGCUGCCGCCGCCAUCGGUGGCCCCGCAGGCGGCGGAGCACCGCCGGAGAACGGCACUGGCGCGGUGAACUAGACCAGAUAGAGAAGAAGGGUAGGCCGGAGGCGGUUUUUUCUUUUUUGUUGUCCAUUUUGUUUUUUGAAUUUGUUUUCAUGUUCUUUUUCCCUUUUUGUACAGCUGUUAAAAAUGUUUUCUUUUGUUUUUUUACCAAAAAACUGUUUUCUUCCGAGUUUAAAGCACAAUAACAGUAAUUACGGUGACCAUCUGACGAA